AUGAGAGAAAACAAUACUACAAUCCCUGCUCAACCAAAUGUCCCAAGUCAACCUUCAUGCUCUAACACAGUGAGGAGGAGUCCAAGAAAACAUAACACAAUGAGGAUGAGUCCAAUAAAACAUCAGAUUCCCCCAUCAACAACAUAUGUUUGCAAGCAACAGUCAGGUUCUAAAAGAGUUAGGAGAAAUAGUAUUGAUGUACCUAGGAAGAAGUUGUGCACAAGGAGAGGUGGUAGGAGGAUUGGUUCUGCAAAAAAUAGGAACGAUACUCCAACUAUAGGUACUCAAGAGAGUGUGGUUCAACAAGUUCCGACUACUGAUGAGGUUGAAAAUGUCAUGCAAGAAGGUUAUAAUGAAGUUCCAGUAAUUCAUAUUCAGGAUGGUCAUAUGAUGCAAGAAGCAGGGGUUAAUUUCACAAACAAAACAAAGUCAAUUCCACUUAAGGGUGACAAUGUGGUGGAAGAUAACGAAGUAAUUGAGUUUAUUGAGGGCAGAGAGGAGGAUAUUCUCCCAGAGAAGAUACAAUCAGGACUUUUAGACAUUGAUAAUAUGCUAGAAGCUGGUUAUAGCAUGGCAGAAAUAGAAGCUAUGGCAGGUGUACAAGUGGAAUUGGAUGAUUCCCCACGAGUUGAACUGUCUGAUGAUAAUGACGUUGGUCUGGAUGGUGGAGUUGAAGGUGCUGGAGAUGAAGCUGCUGGUGAUGGUGAUGGUGAUGGAGAAGGUAAUGAUGUUGGUGAUGAAGCUGUUGGUGAUAGUGAUGGAGAAGGUCAUAGUGCUGGAGAUGUUGAUGAUGGUGAUGGACCUGAAGGUGAUGGUGAUGGACCUGAUGGUGGUGUUGAUGAAAUGAGUGAUGAUGAGGGAAAUCAGGGUGAUGAUGAAGGACAUGAGGUUAUCCCAAUGGUUAGGAGAAUAAGGAAAACAUCUGAGAGGAUUACCAAGAUAAAGUUAAGGAAUGAUGUCUAUGACAAAUAUGGUGGUGGUUCUUCUUCUGUAAACACAAUCAACUUGGAGUAG